CUGUCAGGCUCUGCAGUGCUGAGUGAGGAGCUGCGCGUGCAGGGAUGUCUCCUUUCUCUCUCCUGCUGUCGUUGGUCCUGGUGGUGUUGGCUGAGGGUGGAGUUGGGCCAAGCAACUCCACUAACAGCUACUGCACUGAAUCUAAAGAGUGUCUGCAGUUUGAUCUUCUCUGCAGGACGAAGGAAUAUGAAGUGCGUCACUACUCCCCGACCCGCUGGGUGUCGACUGAUGCUGAAGCGUAUUUCAUGGGUGUUGGAGCUGCCCUGGCCUUCAGACGCCUCUAUCAGUACAUCACUGGGGCAAACGAACGAGGUGUUGAGAUAGAGAUGACCGCUCCAGUCAUGAUUAAAGUUCCAGAGCAGACUCAGAUGUGGGGACCAGCGCUCUACACCCUGAGCUUCCUGCUGCCUUCAGCUUUCCAACACAACCCUCCCGCCCCCACCAACGAUAAGCUGUAUUUCACAGACAUGCCGGAGACUGACGUGUACGUGUGGAGUUAUGGAGGCUGGAUGCUGUCGAUCACCUCCAGACUCCACGCCCACCUGCUGACUAAAGAGCUAAACAGAGUGGGCGCUAAUUACAACCACACGCAUCACUACGCUGUGGGAUAUGACAGUCCUCUAAAACUCUUAAACAGGCAUAACGAGGUUUGGUACCUGGUGGAGGAGGAGCCAGUGUGCAGUAGAACAACAGAGGAACCCACUACUCAGAACUCAACUGUUACUGCUACUGAUACUUCUACUGAUACUCCAACUACAACUUCUGAUUCUACUACUUCUAUUGCUACUACUAAUGUUACUGAUACUUCCACUGCUUCCACUGCAACCGUCAGUAAUACCACUGCUACUGUAACUGAUUAACCAGUAAUCUCAACAACAAAUCCAGCCGAUGUCCUAGACUACUGGUUCCCAACUCUGGUCCCGGAGAACCUCCAGUCCUGCACCUUUUAGUGUUGACCCUGAUCCAACUAAUCAGCUUUUUUCAUUAAGCAGUGGUCUAAUUCAUAGUGUUCUACAUUUCUGCAUAAAUCAGACCAAAAAAAUUCAUUUGAUUUUCAAACUAAAGUCCUAAAGAUAAAGAGAAACAGAACCAUAUCAAAGAAGUGACGCAAAAAUAUCAGAUUUCUCAUUUACUUACGUCAGGAAAUUAUCCAAUAUUACACGCAUGCAGCAAAAGUAAAGUUCGACAAAGUCAGGACUUUGACUUGGCCCAAUUCCAAAAUAUUAACUUAAUUAUAAUGUAACCGGUUUUAUUGGAACGACUUUGAAUGGCUGAGGGUCAUUGUCUUGUUGCAUGACCCAUAUUCUCAUAAUCUUGAGCUCAGGGACGGAUGUCCUGAUAUUUUCCUUCAGAACUUGAUGGAAUAAUUUAGAAUAUAUUGUUACAUCAAUAACGCAGCAAAACUGACCCAAACUAAGAUACUACCAUCACCAUGUUUCACUCUUCUUCUGCGCUUUUUAAAAAAAUGUUUGCAAACAAAUCUUUAAAUUUGUGGUAAAGAGCUAGACUAAGUUAAAUCCCUGUUAAUUAAAUAAAACAGACUCCGCCCACUCACACCUGACUAAUUUAGUCUUAAUUUUUCUGCUAAUCCUAAAAGGCAACAUAUUUUUCCACUUGCAGAUACUUUAUAUAAUAUUAAAUAAUUUCCUCAAUAAAUAAAUGAUAAUGUUCUCUAUUAGUGUACACAGGGUUCACAAGUACCAAUAUAUAUAUAUAAAUAUACUGUAGGCCUGUUAUGGUAAUUACAUUGUGUUACUUUAUCUAUUUGUCGUUCAAUAUAUGUACAUGACGUCAAUAAUUUUUGAUGUCUUCAGUACGGCCCGUUGUUUUUGUUAGCCCAAUAAUGUGAUUAAUUUUUAAACUUACUUUAAACAGCAUUGUUAAAUUAUGUUUUGAUUUAGUAUAUUUAACAUCAAAUUAACUGUUAAUUCAUUGCUUUAAAAAAGGGUGUAGCUGCAUCUUUUUAUCAUAUCAUUGCAUUUACAAGUGGCAUAAAAGUGUCCUAAAAUUACUGUUAUUACUUAUUGCAAUUAUUUU